CUUCAUAAUUAAUCCGCGAUUUACUCUCAAAUAACACAAAUUAAUAAAAAAAUCCAUUACAAUACGAUUUUGGUACAUUUAAGAUGUGGAUUAAUAAUUAUAUAAAAAAAUAACAUUCAAAUCUUUCCGGUUGUAAAAGAUUUUUAGUAGUGCGUGAAUAUAUUGGAAGUAGGAAGCGCGCGGUGUAAGGAGGGUAAACUAUUUGCCGUUUUUGAUGUGAUAUGGUGGGGAUUAAAUAGAAUAGAGAGAGAGACUUUGCCGCCAUUGCUGUGACGCGCGAGGGUGCUCAGUAUUCUCCUCCAGUGACGAGCGCCCGCACACUUUGACGUGGCUACUACGUAUUACGGCCGUUGCCCACUCCGAUCACAGCUCGCCAGUGACGAGACACACGUAACCGGUAAGUACCCCACGGGUGUCAGACAAUCGUCUCGGAACCGAUCAGAAGAACAAAAAUAAUCCGGGUGAAAGAAAGAAAAAAAGAGAAAGGGGGCGCCCCCAUCAACAAAGCUAAAAAGUUAUUAAAACGUCAGUUUUUGUUAUUGUUGUGAGUGAAACGAAAAAAAAAAAAGAAGAAAAGCCCCACUUCAAAAUUAAAUAUUGUUGUUGUUGUUACAACUUGUGUGCGGCCCCCUUUUUCUACUAUUUCAGUGGUGUUUGGUGCGCGAUAUUGAAAAUGUCUGUUGCAAGGCUGUUGGAGUGCGGCCACGAGACGACUUUUAGCGAAACGAAGGUGUUUGAUUGGUCGAGGAAUGGAGGGCAUAGUGGAAGAAAAUGGGUCUGUUGACCCGUUGGCACCGUCGCCUGAUCCUCAAGUGGCGAUAGCCUCCUCGGUACAAUCAGUGAUUCAACCGAAUCAGCAAUCAGUUAUACAAACAGCAACAAAUAUACAGCCGGUUUUAAGUAAAGGGAACGUUAUAUUAGUGGGAAAACCAAGUUCUGUCAUUCAAACGGCUCAAGGUGGAUUACAAACAUUACAGGUUGUUGAAACAGCAAGUGACGACAGCUAUUCAGAAGAAGAAUCUCCAAAGAAACGACGGGAUUUAUUAACCAGGCGACCAUCUUAUCGAAAAAUACUUAACGAUCUUGGAGGUGGUGAAAUAGCCGAGACGAAGGUAGAGCUGACGUCCUCGGAGGCUGACAGUGAGUUGUCAUCUCAUUCUAUCCCAUACCACACAGUUAUUCCUGCUGGAGCAAUUCAAAUUUCUAGUGGGGAAGGUGGACAAAACAUACACACACUAACGAUGACUAAUUCUACGGCGGGAGGAGCCAUCGUUCAAUAUGCUCAAGGACAAGAAUUUUUUGUUCCUGUUGUAGCACAAAGUGCGAGUUUAAGUGGUGGUGGUUCGGAAGAUCAAGCAAGAAAACGCGAAAUGCGACUGUUGAAAAAUCGGGAGGCGGCGCGCGAAUGUCGACGGAAAAAGAAAGAAUACAUAAAAUGUCUUGAAAAUCGUGUGGCUGUACUCGAAAAUCAAAACAAAGCGCUCAUCGAUGAGUUGAAGUCGCUCAAAGAAUUGUAUUGUUCUCAGAAGACGGACUGAGAGACGUUUUUCUUUUUGUUAGUGUUUUCACAUGAGAAACGUUUUUAUUACAUUUGAUUGUUCUCAAAGAAGAAAACGAAAACAAAACUUUUUGGAAAUGGGAAUGAUGAAAAAUAAAACACGUAGGGAAUAAAAUAUCCUUUUACAUUUUCGGUUUUAUUCAGUUUUUGUUAAUAUGUGCAAUAGGUUUUUAUGAGAUGAAGACAAAAUCACUUUGUAAAUAGGGAUGAUGAACUGUAAAUAUUGAAAGCAAUUUUUUUUUGGUUAUAGGUAGAUUUAUAAAAAAGUAAUUGUAUAAUUGGGUAGGAUUGAGAUCUGUUUAUGUUUACAACUUUUAUUAUUAAAUCUUUUUUAUUUAUUAUUAAUUAAAAAGAGGUUACAUAGCG